CCCGCCCCACCUCGCACACACACACUCACACACAGCCCUUAUACUCACACUUGCAUGCGCUCACACAUAAGAGUCUGCCUGAACACGUCCAGAGGGAGAGGAUGAAUCGAGCUGGAGAGUGUUAUUUCUUUCACCUCCAUAUGUGUGUUUGUGUGUGUGUGGUGCAAGUCGAGUCCUUUGAGGGUUGUGUGUCUCAGCUCUGACCGGGAGCUAAAAUGGUGAUUAUAGACUAGAGACUAGGUGUGGCAAGAUGGGGCGGCGUCAAAGGCUUUGUCUGUAGUUCCCGUACAGCCCACCAGCCGGGAGGAGGCUCUGCCUGUCUAUCAGAGUCUGUCCUGGAGCCAUGCACAGUCUAGGAUUGAAAGAGCCGCUGCGUGGGGCUGAACCACUCUUAAACUAAGACCUAAGCCACGGGGAAUUAGACAAGCACAAGUUCAAGAAGCCCAGUGGAACCUUUGUAGCCAGCAGCAAGAACAUGACCAAGUGAAGAACUGCCGGAGCACAUUGCUGUUUUCUUUUUUCACCCUCAUUUAUUCUUCUUUUGGAACACAUGACAAAGAUUUUUUAAAGAGAAACCCAAAAAGAGGACAAACUUCUGUGGGGUGCCUGCUGAGUAACACAACCUACUGAAGAGGCUUUCCUUUUGGGGAAUUCAAAAAGAGCCUCUUGAUUUUUUCUUCACAUUUAAAGGAUGAGAUUUCAAUGAUAAAACCACUUGGAAUAUGGGACUUUUAAUCUAUGAUUUGGACCAUGGGGACAGGCAACUAUGUUUUUGUGCUCAGCUCUGGGUAAUUUUGAUAACUCUUGCAGGUAAAAUUUUUCCGACCAGCUCCGAUGCCCUCCUCAGUUCCUCAGCAAUGACAGCCAGUCCUUCACCACCCAAUGUGUACCUUCCCGCCAACUUUAAAAUGUCCAAUGCACAACUGGCUUUCUUUUUGCGAGAGGCUCAGAUCACAGGACAAACAGUUGGCGGCAGCGGUAAGAGCAGCAGUAGUCCCAGCACAGGACACCCACUGCAGCGAUCUGAGAGUUUUGUGGUUUUCCAGACGAAAGACCUCCCUGCCAUCAACAUAAGCUUUGGGCCUUUUGCCCGGGACCAGGCCCUGUCCAAGGAGUUGCUCCAGCCAGCCAGUCCACUGGAUAUUCCCGGCCAGCUGACCGUCAACUGGAAGGUGCGGGCCUUCAUUGUCCAGGCCCGGGUCUUCUCCAACAACCCCGCAGUCCAGGUGUUUUUCUACAUCGCUGGCCGUGACUGGGAUGACUUCAAGGCUCAGGACAAGCUGCCUUGCGUCCGCCUGCACGCUUUCCGGGAUGUCCGUGAAAUUAAAACCUCCUGCCGCAUGAAAGGCAACCUGGCGCAGUGCUUGGCCCAGCUGGAGCUGCCUCCAUCCUGGUUUAACACCAACGUGGCCCCGCUGGGCCGGAGGAAAGGCUCCGGUGAUGGGCUCUUGGAUGGGCUAACCAGUGAGACCCUCCAGGCUGAGCUCUACUACACACUCCAUGAGCCUAAUCUGGAGGGGGAAUGCAAUGAGGGUUCCAGCCAUAGGGGUGGUGGUGUGUCCAGGGGAGAACCUCUGUCACAGCACCCCCUGCUGCGCAUCGGGAGCAUCAGCCUGUACCAGGCCAGUCAAGAGCAGCUGCUGGUGGACAAGCAGUUAGACAAAAACAUGUUCCUCAGGCUGCCUGAGAAGCCCCUGAAGCCUGGAGAGACCCUCAAAAUCUUCCUCUACUUGAUGCCCAACUCCACUGUCGAACAGUUCAGCCUCAAGGUCAAAGCAAAGAAAGGGGUGAACCUGCUCCAGACCAAGUCUAAGAACGCCCAGUGGAAGGUGGACUGGGAGGUGCAGUCCGGCGCCAAGCAUUCUAUUACCACCAUCGAUGUGAACAAGAACAAAGCUGUGCAAGCUGGGGAUGUGUUGGGCAACGUGGAGGUGAUGCAGUUGGAUUUCGAGAUGGAGAACUUCACCAGCCUCUCGGUGACCAGAAGGAUCAACUGGAACAUCGACUACAAGGGCCAGAACCCGCCUCCUGAUUCAGAGAAGGUUGUGACGGAGUUGACAGUGGUGCAGCGGGACAUCCAGGCCAUCAUCCCUCUGGCCAUGGACACUGAGAUUAUCAACACAGCCAUUCUGACUGGACGCACUGUGGCCAUUCCUGUCAAAAUGGUCUCCAUAGAGAUGAAUGGAGCAGUCACCGAUGUCUCAGCCUCUGUGCAGUGCAAGUCCUCAAAUGAAGACAUUGUUAAGGUGUCCAUGAAUUGCGACUACGUGUUCGUCAAUGGGAAGGAGACGCGGGGCUCCAUGAAUGCUAGGGUUAUCUUCAGCUACGAGCAUCUGAGCGCGCCGCUGGAGCUGACGGUCUGGGUUCCCAAACUUCCCCUGCAGGUGGAACUUUCUGAUACCAAUCUCAGCUUCAUCAAAGGCUGGAGGGUUCCCAUUCUGCCCGAUCGAAGGAGCACCAGAGACAGCGAUGCAGACGACGAAGAUGACGAGCGAAGGGUGAGUCGAGGCUGCACGCUGCAGUACCAGCGGGCCCUGGUCAAAGUGCUGACCCAGUUCCACACCACCUCCACGGAGGGAACCGACCAGGUCAUCACCAUGCUUGGGCCUGACUGGCAGGUGGAUGUCACUGACCUGGUCCAGGACUCCCUGAAGGUGGCUGACCCUAGGAUUGCAGAGUUGGUGGACAGGACUGUCCUGGUAGGCCUGGAGCUGGGAUCCACCACGCUGAAGGUGGAGUCUCCGCUGGCAGUAGACGCAGUACUGGGAGAGUCUGCUUUCUCAGUCACAGACGACAAGGUUUCCAUCACAGAGCUGCGGGUUCACGCCAUUUCAGGUCUGACCCUGUCACUGCAGCCCAGCCCCGGCAACAGCCACACCAUGGUGGCCAAGGCAACUGGCCUCCAGACACUCACUGCUCCAAAACAGGAGGCCAGUUUGUCCGUCUGGAUGCUUUUCAGUGACAACACAGCUGCCACUCUGACCUACUUUGAUCCCAAAGACUACAACUUCAAUGCCUCCACACUGGAUGAUAAAGUUGUGUCGGUAUCCCAGGAGCCUCAGCAGCGCUGGCCCGUGGUGGUGGCAGAAGGAGAGGGAUCUGGUGAGAUGGUACGGCUGGAGAUGACUAUCUGUGAGGCCUGCCAAAAGACCAAACGCAAAAGCGUCAUCGCUUCUGCUGCAGUUUAUGUUAAGGUCCGCUUUGGACCAGAGGAAGACUCUGAGGAAGAAGUAACCACAGAGGGUGAGAUUGAGCUAGCGCCCAUCACCAGACGUCCAAUCAUUGAUCCAAACAUCAAUGGAAGAAUUUAUGAGACAUCUAAUGAGCAGCCUGCUAGUGUUCCCAUCGAUUACACCAAUUUCCCCACUAUUAGCAACCAGGAGCGACCGACAGAGAGUGAUGAAGAGGAGGAGGAUGACUUUGUGCAUUCACCUCGCAACAUGACCGACCUUGAGAUCGGCAUGUAUGCUCUACUGGGAGUGUUCUGCCUGGCCAUCUUAGUCUUUCUCAUCAACUGCAUCGUCUUUGUGCUUAAAUACCGCCACAAGCGGAUCCCACCUGAGGGUCAGGCCAACAUGGACCACUCCCAUCACUGGGUGUUCCUGGGAAAUGGCCAGCCACUGAGGGCCCAGUGCGAUCUGUCACCACAGCAGGUAGAAAGUCCCAGUAACCCUUUGGAGGGCGUACAGACUUGCUGUCAUGGGGACCACCACAGUAGUGGCAGCUCCCAGACUAGCGUGCAAAGCCAGGUACACGGACGGGGUGACGGCAGCUCUGGUGGCUCUACGAAGGAGAACGGCGAGGAGGCCAGUUCACCCACCUCCAAGCGCAAGAGAGUCAAGUUUACCACCUUUACCACCCUCCCCACAGAGGAGCUGCCCUACAACUCCAUCCCCAUUGCAGAUGAAGAGGACAUUCAGUGGGUUUGCCAGGAUAUGGGCUUUCAAGACCCAGAGGAACUGCACGAUUACAUGCGCAGAAUAAAAGAAAUAGCCUGAGAUAAGAGGUGCAGUGUGAAGCACUGCUCUCAGCUUUCUAAAGAAACGUUCCUUUCUAUUUUUCUCUAUUUCACCUAAGUGAAAGAUAAUUUUUCACAGACUAAAAGGCCAACUGUUGUUUUGGUUAGGGUUUGUUCCAUUUAGUUUGCACAGUGCUGUAAUCUCAUACACGCUCACACAGAAGAGAAUGCCAGGAAGCCAAAGACUUGACCAGAGGAUCUCAAUCACUAGAGAAAUCUGUAAAUUAUGGCUAUAGGAAUUAUGUUUCACCGAGAGGCCACAGCCAGACCUGAGAGCUGCUCCAGUUCCUUUAUUUUCAGGAAAUUAUUCCAGAGAAAGCCUGAUAUGGACAGGACUGUAGGAGAGGUAUGGUUUUGGCUGUGUUUUUGCUGGCUCACUGGGACUCUGCAGGACUGUACCUACUCCAAACUAAGAGGCCUUUGAUGAACAAAAAAACUGUCAAAGACUCUCAUGAAAGUUACAUUUAAAAAUCAUCUUGUUUUUGCCAAAGUAGGAAAAGUAUUCUUUUAAUGGCAAAACUUAUUUCAUUGUUGUUCUUGGUGCAGCACACUCAUGAUUUGUACUCAUGUUCAUUCCUUACAUUUUUCUACAUUUCAUAGGUAGUGAAAAGCAGUGCCCUACUACUAGCCCUCCUGGUAAUGAACAAAUCUAAUGCCUUAUCAAAAAACAGUCACAGUUCACUUCUUAUAUCAGUCAACAGACACGCUGUUUUCUCACUAUGGCUAGAGACAGUGUAGUAAGAGCAACUAUGUAAAAUACUACGACUGAUCUCGAGCAUGAGGUAUAAAUAGAAAAGAGCUUGUGUAUUGUGAGGAGCUCAGUCUUUGCAUGGAAGGGGAUCUUGAGGCACAAUCAGCAACUUUUUUUUCCAAAUUUGUAAAUGUUUGUAUUGUAAUUAUAUAAUCAUUCAUACACAUUACAGAAGUAAAUAUGUUAUCAUGCAUUACACGCAUGCCACGUCAGGCCUACAUGCAGACAUUCCUCUCUAGUAUAUGUAUAUAUCGUAUCGAGCCAGAGUCACUUACUCCGAGCUAGAGGAGUGGGGAAGCCUGUCCUGAAAAUUUGAUAGUGUUGUGGUGAGUAGAAGGUCCCCCUCAGUGAUGUGUUGACAGAACUGUAGCUUUUUAACAAACUGGUAUCACAUUUGAUUGUUGAACAUGGGGAUUUGCUAUGCAUCAGAAUUGUAACACAUCUAAUCUUUUGAUGAUCUAUUUCCCUUCCUCAAGUUCUGGCUGGCCUCCAGCCUCUGGGAAAAUAAAAAACUUAUAAGGUACUAGUUGGAAACGUUCUCACUGACGACAAGAUCCUCUCAACUCUGCAGGAAAUGUCAUCCACCCAUAAAGGAGAUUACUGAUUAAAUUAUUGAUUUUGCUCCAUCAUUUAAAUCACAGUCAUCCCAUGUUGCCAUGCUGUUUUUCCAAACACACUGUGUUAUGUGUGUAGUCCUUAUUUUGUUUAAUCUAUUCUGGAAACUCUCAACCCGGGGGUUUCACAGAUUUGCUUUGUCUGAACUUUAUGGACAGGGCCAGACACUAGUAGCUCUUACUGGUGAAGAAAUCAGUGGUGUUGCUAGAGGCACACAAGCUGCGUAGGUGCCAUGGGUGUGGUUGAAAGAAAGUGUGAAAGGAUCUCAGGAUGCUGAAUCAGACUGACUGAAAACAACACAGCCAGUGGGUGUCAUGUCAGGAUUUUCUUGUGUGGAAGUGUUAAUUGCAGUGAGUUUUUUUUUAAAGGUUUACUGACAAAACUACUCUGAAGCAGAGGGGAAAAAGGAAAGAUCCGACUUGUUUAGAAAGAGCAUAAAAUAUCUCAAGUGAGAUUUCAACCAAAACACUGCACAGCAGCCAGUCACGUGGUAACUGAGAGCACGAUGAAAGCAGAUUUAAUAGUAUUUUUAAUUGCAGUUGCCCUGUUAGUGUAGCGUAUGCUUUUCUUUUUUGUACUCGGGUGGAUGACUUUUGAAGGUUGAUAUUAUUCCAGCUCUGAUCUCUCUUAAAACAAGUUCUUUUCAAGACUAAUGAAGCAACUAUGAGAUAAAAAAUAGUUUCUGUGUCACUUUCCUUUAAUUCUCUACUGCAUCUAAGGGCUUGGAUUUAUAUUUUAUGUUAACAGACUGACUGAUUUUUGGUGAUCCUAUGAGAAAACUAAUGUUACUUGCUCUCUCUGUGGUGAUACUGAGCAUAAGCUCUGUCUCACUCAAAAUGUACAUUUUGUUGCCAUCCUAUCUGCUUUUUAGCCCCCACAGCCUUAUUAAAGACCCAAUCCAGAAUUGUUUCCUUGUGGCAGUGCUGUUAUACAAAUACCGGCUUCAAAUGGGACAAAAACGCAGAAUCUAAGACAUGUUUUACUUUUAAAAAUUGUUUCCUGAGCUCCUUAUUCAUUGACUAUGUGUGACAGCUAAAUACAGUUAUUAAAUGUGGAAAUGGUUCAAUUGUUUCCUUACAGCGGCGUUGUAAAUACUGGAGCAAAACAGGCUUUACUUUUUCACGUAUAUGGAAGUUGCCAUGAGAUUAUUUUCCAUCAGUAAACCAUACCUUUCAAUAUUCUAUACUUGUAUAUAGACCCACAUUUGAUAUCUUGAUGAAUCCUGGAUUGGGACUUUAAGGAUUUGGUUUACUGCAUGCCCUCUCUAUGUUCCAUGUGGUUGAAAUGAAUAAUGACCUGAUUCUGCUGUAUAAUAAUAUUCAAUCUGUGUUAACAUCUAAAAAGAAGAUGAGACAUUAUUUUUGACAGUCCAAGCCCGUCCCUCAGCCACAGCAUCAACAUGAUCUGCCAUGAAAUUGAGCAGAGUGUAGCAGCCAGCUGGAAGUGUUUGAGUUUCAACUUUAAAUGAUGGUGUCUCGGGAUGAAUGUAGGAUCCUUAACUAAAGCUGGCUGUUUGGUGUUUAGUGUUAAUGUUGUCAGCCCAAUCUGGUGACAUUACUGUAACAGAUUAAGUAUCUAAUAGCAGCUUCACACAUUCAGUAACAUUCUGUUACGAUUUCCAGUUUUUCCCACUAAUUUACUCACACAGUAUGUAAAGAUGUUUUAGAUCAUUUCUUCAUCCUACUUCCUGCUCCUCUGUGGAUUUCAUGUCUUUUCGUUUUCAUAAUGCUGCUUUGGUAACAGGACAUAUAUUAGUCAUUAUGUGGUUUCUUCAAGCUGCUAAUAGAAACUUAGUCAUCUUACAAAGUGUAAUUGAAGAUCUUGACUUGUAUUUUCGUGCUGCCCCCAUGGAAAACUGUGCACGAUGUGCACGACUCAGUUGGCUGUGCCAAGUAACCACCACACUGACUAUAAUAUGUUAAUGUACAGAGCACUGUUAAAUUUCCUGUAUUCUCUUGAAAACAAACCCUUGUAUUUUCCCGUUAUAUGUAAAGUACUAAAGAAAAUGCAAUACACAAA